AUGGCUGGGAAGGAGCGAGCCAAAAACACAGCUUCGCCGAAAGAAGUUGCGAAGCUGAUGCGAGGUGCGAACUUGACCAAACUGCCUCCGGAGUCGGAGUACAUGAUAGCAGACACGAGCAAGGUCAUCGAGACGUUCGAAGACUUCCUGAAAGACCUUCUCCUGGCCACCCCUCGUCCGACAGAGAAGCUUCUACUUCAAGCUUGCAAGCUAGUUUUCGAGCACACAUCCAAGUCCGACUGCAAAAGCUUCGCCCAGCAGUUGGUGCGAUGUGUUCAGCAUGUCCGAGAAUGCAAAAGUGUGACUUCGGGGAAGAAGACACCGGAAGCAGUUUGGCGGGUCCUGCAAGUGAUGAAGGCGAACAAGGACCAACCAUGCAGACGGCUUUCUACAACCUCGGUGAGCUCAGCAGCCAGCCCUUCAGCUGUGGAUUCGAAGCCGAGUCCCGAGCCCAUGGUCGAGAAAGUGAGCCUUGCCAGUAAGGCCGAACUGAGCCCUGGCAGCAAGGUACGACAUGCCUACGGUCUCGCGGCCAGUCGCACAAUGCAGAAAGAGGAGGAUGGAGAGGACUUGCUGGAGGUCGUGGCUGUGCAGUCCUCGCAGAGCUUGCACUCCAUCGCGAGCUCGGGCGAGGAGGUGUCUCCUGAAAAGGAAGGCGAAAUGGAGGACGUGCCUCCUGCAGCUGACUUCAAGGACUACUUUGAUGCUGGUCGUGGCUGCCAUGUGAGGGCCUUUGCCUCAGGCAAGCUCGAGGAGCUGACUGCUCCGGUGAGUCGGGUGACCGGCAAGAAAGUCCUGAAGGCUGCCCUGAAGACCAAGCCUGCUGCCGGGCAGGUGAAGAAGAAGCCGGCAGGUGCAGAGACAGCAGAAGUGCCCAAGUCCUCAGAGGUGGAUGUCCAAGCUGCACAGUUGGCGGAGGCGAAGCAGCAGGAGGAAACCAUCUUGCAUUUCGUCCGGAAGAGCACUGCCAAGAAGCCCCCGAGGACAUAUGUGACUGCUUGCUACUGUGACGGGUCCAAGCAUAGGCAGAAACUCAUCGUAGAAUUUCAAGCAGCCAAGUAUGCCGAUCAUGUCGAGAAAGCUGCGAAAGCAGUGAAGCGAAUCCAAAAGGAUAAGCUCACUUUCAAUCGUGCCCGGCAGCUGAAAUUCGCAUUGGCAGAGGUCAGACUUGUCCCUGGAACCUAUAUAGCUUGGCUCCCCGGCAUGGAUCUGGGGGCGAUGACGGAUGCCCAAGUUCGCGAGUGGCUUCGAAGCUUGCCGAACUACCAGGUGCUUCGUUUGCACGAGCUGGUCAUGGAACAGACUGGAAGCACAGCCGUCCCAAAGGUGGCAAGGGUGGGCAUGGAGCCUCAGGCUCAAGUUUCCCACUUCCUGCUGCAGGGGUGGGGCUCCAGCUGGAAGGAUCGUGGCCACGACAAGAAGGGUGAAGGCUCCCAGUGGUGGAAGAAGGACGACGACCCGUGGGACGAGGACCCCAAUGACAUGUCCGGCAUCGAUGUGAGAAAGUGCAAGAAAUGCAAGCACAACUGGUCCUAUGUGCGGGAGGGUGGUGAGCUCUACAUCUACUCGGCCAACCGAGAGAACCUCUGGGAUCCCUACAGCGAGGGCAGUGGAGGCCGGUGGGACCUGAAGGAGUUUGCCAACUACAUUGAGCCCACCUUGGCGAAGAAGAAGAAGAAGAACAGGGGCAAGCAGCGAAAGGUGUGGUGGGCCAAGGUCAAGGGGUGGAAGGAUGCCGGUGAGCCGGAGUUUCAGCCACCGAGUGAUGAAGAGGAAGAAGAUCCAGGCCAAGAGGGCCAAGAGCAAGCCGAAGCGGUGCCUUUCCGGCAGAAAGACUUUCAGAGUUUCCUGUGUUGCUUGUGUUUUCUUUGUUCCCGCGUGAAGCCAACGAAAAGGAGGGCUCGAGAUGCGAGCACACCGCGAUGCAGCCCUGUAGUCGCCUAG